UACAUCACCUGUAGGAUGCAGAACUGCUCUGAAGCUGUAAGAAGCAAGCCUUUUCCUGGAUAUAUUGAUUCGGAUUCUCUCAUUGUCCAAGAUGACUAUGUAUUUGUUCAGCUGACAUCUGGAGGUCGUCCGCAUUACUACGUGUCUUACCGCAGAAAUACUUUUGCGCAGAUGAAACUUCCUAAAUAUGCUUUGCCAAAGGACAUGCAUGUUAUCAGCACUGAUGAGAAUCAAGUGUUUGCUGCAGUUCAGGAAUGGAACCAGAAUGAUACAUACAACCUUUACAUCUCUGAUACCCAGGGGAUUUACUUUACCCUGGCUUUAGAAAAUGUCAAAAGUAGUCGAGAUCUAGAAGGCAAUGUGAUGAUAGACCUGUAUGAGGUAGCAGGGAUAAAGGGUAUGUUCUUGGCUAACAAGAAGAUUGACAACCAAGUAAAAACUUUCAUCACCUACAACAAAGGCAGAGACUGGCAUUUGCUGCAGGCCCCGGACACAGAUCUGAGAGGGAACCCAGUUCGUUGCCUGCUACCAUAUUGCUCCCUUCAUCUCCACCUGAAGGUUUCAGAGAAUCCUUACACUUCUGGUAAUAUUGCCAGUCGUGAUACAGCUCCAGGAAUCAUUGUGGCCUCUGGUAACAUUGGAUCAGAGCUGUCAGAAAAUGAUAUCAGCAUGUUUGUUUCGUCUGAUGCUGGAAACACUUGGCGACAAAUCUUUGAAGAUGAACACAGCGUCCUUUAUCUGGACCAAGGUGGGGUUUUGGUUGCUAUGAAACAUACAUCUCUGCCUAUCAGACAUCUCUGGUUAAGUUUUGAUGAGGGAAGAUCUUGGAGCAAGUACAGUUUCACCUCCAUCCCGCUGUUUGUUGAUGGGGUUUUGGGAGAGCCUGGAGAAGAGACUUUAAUAAUGACCGUUUUUGGACACUUCAGCCAUCGUUCUGAGUGGCAGUUGGUAAAAGUGGAUUACAAGUCCAUUUUUGAUAGACGGUGUGUGGAUGACGAUUACCGACCUUGGCAGCUUCACAGCCAGGGAGAAGCAUGCAUCAUGGGAGCCAAAAGGACUUACAAGAAGCGUAAGUCGGAAAAGAAAUGCAUGCAAGGCAAGUACGCUGGAGCCAUGUCCUCUGAGCCAUGUGUCUGCACAGAAGCAGAUUUUGACUGUGAUUAUGGAUUUGAGCGCCACAGCAAUGGCCAGUGUUUGCCAGCUUUUUGGUAUAACCCAUCAUCUUUGUCAAAAGAGUGCAGUCUUGGUCAAAGUUAUCUCAAUAGUACUGGGUACAGAAAGGUCGUGUCUAAUAACUGCACAGACGGUGUGCGUGAACAGUACACAGCCAAGCCGCAGCAGUGUCCUGGCAAAGCCCCGAGAGGACUUCGGGUUGUCACAUCAGAUGGCACACUGACAUCAGAACAAGGGCAUAAUGUUACCUUCAUGGUACAGCUGGAAGAGGGUGACAUUCAAAGAUCAAUAAUCCGCGUGGAUUUUGGAGAUGGUAGUGCUGUGUCAUAUGCCAAUCUGAGCUCAACAGAAGAAGGAAUCAGGCACAUCUAUCAAAAUGUUGGCAUCUUCCGUGUAACUGCGCAGAUCAGAAACAGCCUGGGGACUGACACUGCAGUCUUGUAUUUGCAUGUAAAUUGUCCUUUAGAGCAUGUCCAUUUGUCGCUUCCAUUUGUAACAACAAAGAACAAAGAAGUUAAUGCCACAGCAAUAUUAUGGCCCAGUCAAGUUGGAACCUUAACAUAUAUUUGGUGGUUUGGAAACAAUACUGAGCCAUUAAUUACUCUAGAAGGGAGUAUCACAUUUACCUUCUCUACAGAAGGUAUGAACAUAAUCACAGUACAAGUUUCUGCAGGAAACACUAUUCUGCAAGACACCAAAAUGAUUGCAGUAUAUGAGCAUUUUCAGUCUUUACGUCUUUCGUUUUCUCCAAAUCUGGAUGACUACAAUCCAGAUAUUCCUGAAUGGAGACGGGACAUUGGUCAUGUCAUCAAGACAGUUCUAGUUGAGGCAACAAUCAUUUCCAGUGAACAUAUUUUGGUAGCAAUCUUGCCAGGGUUACCCACCUCAGCUGAACUCUUUAUUUUGCCCUAUAAGAAUACCAAUGGAGAAAGUAAAGAAACAGUUGAAGAUCUGCAACAGAUUUCAGAAAUAUUGGUCCAGAAAUUAAACCAAAAUGCCAUUCAGUUUGACUUAAAACCUGGAGUUAGAAUCCUUGUUCAUGCUGCUCAUUUAAUAGCAGCUCCACUCAUAGAUGUCACGCCUAGCCAUAGUGGUUCAGCCAUGCUAAUGUUACUGUCUGUAGUAUUUGUGGGAUUGGCAGUAUUUGUAAUUUACAAAUUCAAAAGGAAGAUUCCGGGCAUUAAUGUUUAUGCACAGAUGCAGAAUGAGAAAGAUCAAGAGAUGGUCAGUCCAGGCAGUCAAAGUGAAACCAUUCCUAAUGUCCCUCAGAGGGAGCUGAUGAACCCACAGCAACUAGUAGAUGAGAAGUUGGAUACCAGCCCUACAGGAAGUAUUUCCACAGUUGCUGAGACUCAAAGCACAAAAGAAAUUCCUACCUGUAUCAAUGUUUGAAACAAGGACACCAAUCUAUCUUUAUCCCCUUCAAUAUAAUAUUGGACUUUUGAUUCUUCUGAUGACAAAAAAGGUUUUUAGCUUUAAGCCUGUGCAUGUGGAUGUCAUUUGGGUAAUAUUUAGAAUGUACAGGUGCUCUAUUUUAGUGGGGUAAAAGGAAAACACUACUUCCUCGUAAUCCUUUUCCCAUUUCCUUUUCUAAUCAAGAUUUAAUUUUAAAUGAUCCAUACUGAUAUACGCCAAGAAUGUGCAUGGGGAAUUUUGGGAGGGAAUUUAGGUGAAUGUAAACUUGCUGACUUUCAGUAUAACUCCUAACAUUUUUAGCACUGAGGGAUAAUAGAUGACUUUGGCACUACAGGCUACAUUCCUGAAAUAUAGAGAAAAAUGUAAUAGAGUUUUAAAAACAUAACAGUUUUAUUAUUUUCCCCCUUGUGUUUUCAUCUGGUAUUUUAUGUACUCCCUAAAAUAAUUUGUCUGGAGUUCUUUUAGUUUUGUUAAAGGCAGGGCAAGACAAACAGAAAAAAAUGUGUUUUUCACUGCCAAAAAACAAAAUACUUUAUAAUAGUUGAUUAACACUUUCAUUCAUGCCAUUCUAGUUCAAGAACAACAAAAAACAACUAUCCUUAUUGAUAUAAAUCUAGUCAGAGAGUUUGAAUAUCAGUUAUAGCUUGUCUUUGUCAUCAUUAGGUACCUCUUUAACCCUCCAAAUUAAUAAAGACUUCCAGUUCCAUCCCAUCUAUUCACUUUGGAAAUAAUUAUUCAUUAGUAGAUUGGAACUAAUUGGGAAGAAUAUUAUUUCCUAUAGUUUCCACAUUGUUGCCUCUUCCCAAAUGUAUUGGCGGAUUUUUAAAAUGGUUUUUAAAAAACCCCAAAAUUAGAGUCAUUUGGUAUAUUGAGUGAAUAUUAUAGAUAAAUUGAUUCAAUCUAUGAGCCAACAAUCAUCAACUUUCAAAAAGACUUGUUCCAGAGGAAUAAAUUGCAAGUCCUGCUAUUCCUGAACUUUAUACAGAAAUGAUGUUUGCGUGAUUUCAUUAUAAACAUGCCACAAAAUGUAGAUAAUAGUAUAAUAGAUGAUGUAGACAUAACAGAAACCUUUAAAUCAAGUUGUACUAUUUACAUGAAAUGUUUUCCCCAUACUGGGGCUAAUUUUACAUCUUGUAGCUGGAAUAUAUCAACAUCCUUUGCCAUAUAAUUAACUUUUCAGAUAGAUGCUAAAUAUAUUUCCAUAUCUAUUUAAAAACCAUCUACCAUUUUUAUUUCAUUGUUUUUAUUGCAUCAUGAAAUAUAACAGUUCCAGCUACAAGUUCUACAGAGCAGACUCAAAUACAUUAUUUUUCUAGACUGAGUCAGGGAAAAUGUUCAACUGAGCAGAUUUUAGUUCCUCCAAAUUUGUAACCAAUUGGAAAUAAUCCUCACUGGGGACCUGAUGUACAUGUUAGCUGUAAACUGAAAGUUGAUUAAUGCAUUAAAGAUAUAAUCCAUAUGUUGAGAAUGACUUUUAAUUGUAAGCCUGAUGAUUGAAAGACCUGGCCUAUUUUUUUUUUUUAUUCACUGGUUGGUUCCCCACUGCUGGAUUUUUUUAAACUUUUUGCUUAAUGAAAAGUUACACUCUAGUAAAGAUAUUAUCUUAUUACAAAUAUUGGAUUCAAUAUGAGAAAUAUAAUUCCCAUGACACCAGCUCCUGGAGUGCGCAUGCACUAAUGCAGUGGUUCUCAACCUGUGGGUUGGGACCCCUUUGGGGGUCGAAUGAC